UAGUGUUCCUGAGGGGGCGGAGUUAAAAGAAGGAAGUGGAACCACAACAACAUCACUCCAGAAGAAAAAAAAAAACAUCACUCCGUUAUAAAUAUCAUAACUAUCUGUACUUGUCGAAAUGCAUCUUAUCGUGCAAACGUUAAUUAUUUAAUCCAAAGGUCUCAAGUGUUCACUUGAAGUCUUUACAAACGACUAGUAAUAAAUCGACAGCACACCAUAGCAACACUAUGGAGGAGACGAGUCGGGAGGCGGUUGCCACGGCGGUGCAGCGUGUUGCUGGGAUGCUGCAGCGAUCAGACCAGCUGGAUAAAGUGGAGCAGUACAGAAGAAGAGAGGCCCGCAAAAAGGCCUCUGUAGAAGCCAGGCUGAAGGCAGCCAUCCAGUCCCAGCUGGAUGGUGUUCGUACAGGACUGACCCAGCUGCACUCUGCCCUGAUCGACGUCAAAGACAUCCAGAACUCUCUGGCUGAUGUGAGCAAAGACUGGAGGCAGAGCAUCAACACCAUCGAGAACCUGAAAGAUGUCAAAGAUGCUGUAGUUCAACACAGUCAGCUGGCCUCCGCUGUGGAAAACCUGAAGAACAUUUUCUCUGUACCAGAGAUCGUGGCAGACACUCAGCAGCUGAUCGAGCAGGCAGAGCUGCUGCAGGCCCACAGGAAGCUGAUCGAGCUGGAGUGUUCACGGGACGACCUCAUGUAUGAACAGUACCGCAUGGACAGCAAGAACACCAGUGACAUGAAUCUCAUAUCCAUCUAUUUUGAAGACGUUCAGGGCUUGUCAGAUGAGCUGGCCAAACAGCUGUGGAUGGUGCUGCAGCGGUCCAUGGUCACGGUCCGUAGUGACCCCACCAUGCUGGUGUCUGUGGUUCGUAUCAUUGAGCGGGAGGAGAAGAUCGAUCGACGCAUGGUUGACCGUAAGAAACAGUCCGGGUUCAUUCCACCAGGACGACCCAAACGCUGGAAGGACAAGAUGUUCGAGGUGCUGGAGGGUACAGUCAGCACCCGGAUCGAGGGCACCCAGUCAGUGACGAGGGAGAAUGAUAAAAUGUGGCUGGUUCGUCUGCUGGAGAUAACCAGGAAGUACGUUCUGGACGAUCUCACUGUUGUGAAGAACCUCAUGGUGCAGUGUUUCCCUCCUCACUACAACACCUUCAACAGGUUUUUCUGUCUGUACCACAACACCGUGUCCACUCGUGUGACAGAACUGGCCUCUGAGGACCUGGAGGCUAACGAAAUCGUGUCUCUGCUGACCUGGGUCCUAAACACAUACAAGAGUACCGAGAUGAUGGGCCAUCCAGAGCUCCUUUCAGAGUGCGACAUCAACCAGCUGGAGCCGCUGCUGCCUCAGGAUGUGGUGGACGACCUGCUCAGCAAAUACGUCAGGACGUUUACAUCUAACAUAACAGGCUGGCUGCGGAAAGCUCUGGAGACGGACAAGAAGGACUGGCAGAAAGAAACAGAACCUGAGGCUGACCAAGACGGAUACUACCAGACCACCCUGCCUGCCAUCGUCUUUCAAAUGUUUGAGCAGAACCUGCAGGUGGCUGCGCAGAUCAACAGGGAUUUCAAGGAGCAGGUCCUGAGGCUCUGCCUGAAGCAGAUGGUCUCUUUCCUGAUCAGGUACAGGGAGGAGGCGGUGGUGUACAAAGAGGAGCACCUGAGAGACAGACAGCUGCCUCAGUGUUACGUUCAGUACAUGAUCGCCAUCAUUAACAACUGCCAGACAUUCAAAGAGUCCAUCAACAGUCUGAAGAGGAAGUACUCGUCGGAGUCCACCGACAGUGACGCCGCCAUAGAGAGGACCCUCAAUGAGGUGGCCAAGGAGGGAUGUCAGUUCCUAUUGGAUGAAGUCUUCCUAGAUCUUGAACAUCACCUGAAUGAACUGAUGACCAGGAAGUGGCUGACAGGGUCACAUGCUGUUGACACCAUCUGUGUGACAGUGGAGGACUACUUCAAUGACUUCAACAAGAUCAAGAGACCCUACAAUCAGGAGAUGACGAGCGAGGCUCUGCGCAGGGUUGUGGUGGAGUACAUCAAAGCAGUGAUGCAGAAGAGGAUCACCUUUAAGAACGCUGAUGAGAGGAGAGAGGGAGCUGAGAGGAUGAUCAAAGAGGCCGAUCAGUUCAAGUUCCUCUUCAGGAAACUGGCUGCUGGUGAAGACACAGACUCGCUCUGUGGGGCCAUCGCUGCCAUCGCUGAAGUGUUCAAGCUGACCGACCCCACUCUGCUGUUCUUAGAGGUCACCACCCUGGGGACCAAAUAUCCCGACAUCAGGGAGGAGCACAUCCAGGCGUUACUGGCAGUGCGUGGGGACGCCAGCAGGGAAAUGCGGCAGAUGAUCGUGGGGACUCUCAGCGAGAACAAAGUUUCUUCUUCUAUUGUGACACAGCCCAUCUUUAAAGACAUCACCGUGCCAACCAUGACCAUGACGACCAUGACCUCCAUGGCAACUGCAAAGCUGCUGAAGUAAAGCCGAUUCACUAGACACUAUUUCACCUUCAGCACCUCGAGCACCUUCAGGCACGAUAACAGGAGCAAACUCGUUUUUUGAUUGCCUAAUGCAUCAUGUUUUUUGAUUUUACUGUUCAUAACCAUGAUUUAGUUUUUUUUCAUUGUCAUCCUGAUCAUGUCUGCUUUAACAAAAUAAUAAAAUGAGAUAUGAAUAAAUUA